AUGCCACCUUUGAUGAGUUUUGCUGUAGACUUACCAUACUUUUUCGUGGGUAUCGUUGGAGAAGACGUUUUCACUUCGGCCAUAAAAAGUGAAAUACCAAGGUUGUUUGAUGGAAUUGAAACGCACAAUAUCCAAGACGUUCACGUGUAUGAUUCAAAUGGAAAUACCGGGGCGACAGUAGAAGUAGACCCUUCCACUCCGAAUAUCAGGGUGACAUUGGUACUCAUCAGGCAAUUUGUCAACGGUGGUGGAACUAUUCAGACGGACUAUAUUGAUGUGCACACCAUUCCAGGAUCAUACAAAGAAGAAAUCCCACAGAUUCCAACAACUAAAACAACUUUCCGCAGUACAAAGCGCACAACACAGUCGGAUUCAAUUGAAACAACAACAUAUGAAAAUAUUGAGGCUACAAAUGUUGUGUCAACACACAAAGCUACAGUGGUCGAGGAGACGGGGACCACAACCGAUGAGUCAACAGCUAAAGCUACAGCGGUUGGGGAAACAGAGACUACAACUGACGAGUCAACAUAUAAAGCUACAGCGGUCGAGGAGACGGAGACUACACCUGAUGAGUCAACACACAAAUCUACUCCGGUCAAGGAAACGAAGACAACAACGGGCGAGUCAACAUACAAAGCUACAGCGGUUGAGGAGACGGAGACUACACCUGACGAGUCAACACACAAAUUUACUGCGGUCGACAAAACAGUAACUACAACGGAUGAGCCAACACACGAAGCUACAGCGGUCGGGGAGUCGGAGACUACAACGGAUGAGUUAACACACGAAGCUACAGCGGUCGGGGAGUCGGAGACUACAAUGGAUGAGUCAACACACAAAGCUACAGCGGUCGGGGAGACGGAGACUACAACGGAUGAGUCAACACACAAAGCUACAGCGGUCGGGGAGUCGGAGACUACAACGGAUGAGUCAACACACGAAGCUACAGCGGUCGGGGAAUCGAACACUACAAUGGAUGAGUCAACACACAAAGCUACUGCGUUCGGGGACUCGGAGACUACAACGGGCGAGUCAACACACAAAGCUACUGCGGUCGGGGAGUCGGAUACUACAAUGGGUGAGUCAACACACAUAGCUACUGCGGUCUCGGAAACGGAGACUACAACGGAUGAGUCAACAUACACAAUUACAGCCGUCGGGGAGCCGGAGACUACAACUGACGAAUCAACACACAAAGCUACAGCGGUCGGGGAGUCGGAGACUACAACGGAUGAGUCAACACAUAAAGCUGCUACAGUCGGGAGACAGAGACCACAACCGAUGACGGUCGGGGAGUGGGAGACUACAAAGGACGAAUCAACACACAAAGCUACUGCAGUCGGGACCAAGGAGACUACAACUGACGUGUCAACACGCAGAUCUACUGCGGUCGGGGAAACGAAGAAAACAACUGAUGAGUCAACACACAAAGCUACUGCAGCUGGGAAGACGGAUACUACAACUGACGAGUCAACACACAAAGCUACUGCGGUCGGGACCAAAGAGACUACAAAUGACGAGUCAACACGCAAAGCUACUGCGGUCGGGACCAUGGAGACUAAAACUGACGAGUCAAUACACAAAGCUACUCCGGUCCGGACAACAGAGACUACAACAGAUGAGUCAACGCACAAAGAUACUGCGGUCGGGACAACGGAGGCUACAACAGAUGAGUCAACACAAAAAGCUACUCUGGUCGGGAAAACGGAGACCAUAACCGAUGAGUCAACACACAAAGCUACUGCGGUUGGGGACAGAGAGACUACAACUGAUGAGUCGACAGAAAAAGCUACUCCGGACGGGAAAACUGGGACCACAACCGAUGAGUCAACACACAAAGCUACUGCGGUCGGGGAAACUGAGACUACAACUGAUGAGUCAACACACACAGCUACUGGUGUCGGGAAAACGAGGACAACAGCCGAUGAGUCAACAUACAAAGCUACUGAAUCGGAGAGGACAACGCAAGCAGAUAGGACAACCUUGUCUAUAUCAAUUGAUUCAAGUGCUACAACCAAAGAAACAUUCACAACACUGCGACAGAUUACUACCGAUGUAUCUAACGUGACAAAUAAACAUACCAAUAAUACAACAGUAACCAAAGACACAGAAAUGACAACCGAAAACAAAAAUACUGGAAAUUUGGGUCUAUCAUCAACAGCAGUGAUAACAAUGGCUCUCUUCGCAGUAUUUGCUUUAAAAUACUGGGCGACAGUAGAAUUAGACCCUUCCUCUCCGAAUAUCAGGGUGAUAUUGGUACUCGUCAGGCAAUUUGUCGACGGUGGUGGAACUAUUCGGACGGACUAUAUUGAUGUGCACACCAUUCCAGGAUCAUACAAAGAAGAAAUCCCACAGAUUCCAACAACUAAAACAACAGUCCGCAGAACAAAGCGCACAGCACAAUCUGAUUCAAUUGAAACAACAACAUAUGAAAAUAUUGAGACUACAACUGAUGAGUCAACACACAAAGCUACUGCGGUCGAGGAAACGGAGACUACAACUGACGAGUUAACACACAAAGCUACUGCGGUCAGCGAAAUGGAGACUACAACGGAUGUUUCAACACACAAAGCUACUGCGGUCGGGGAAAUGGCGACUACAACGGAUAAGCCAACUCACGAAGCUACCGCGGUCGGGGAGACCGAGCCUACAACUGACGAGUUAAUACACAAGGCUGCUGCGGUUGGGGAAACGGAGACAACAAUGGAUGAGUCAACGCACAAAGCUACUGCAGUCGGGGAAACGGAGACUACAACGGAUGAGUCAACACACAAAGCUACUGCGGUCGGAGAAACAGAGACUACAACUGAUGAGUCAACACACAAGGCUACUGCGGUCGGGAAAAUGGGGACCAUAACAGAUGAGUCAACACACAAAGCUACUGCGGUCGGGGAAACAGAGACUACAACUGAUGAGUCAACGCACAAGACUACUGCGGUCGGGAAAACGGGGACCACAACCGUUGAGUAA